AUGCAUGCACAGAGAGACUCCUGCAGGUGUAAGUGAGCGUGCCAGGUGUCUUUAUCAUCAGACUCGUGUCAGAGAGGGACGCAGUGUAGUGGUCCACUUGCCCUCCUGAAACACUGUCAAAAUGGGUGCAGAUUAUUUUGGAUUCUCCUAUGUCCGGAAUGAGAAUAGAAAGAAUGUCACCACAGCUAUUAACAAUCCAGCGGACAUCUCCGUGAUUGUUAUAUAUUUUCUGGUGGUUCUGGCUGUGGGAAUAUGGGCAAUGGUGAGGACCAAUCGAUCCACUGUAGGGGGAUUUUUCCUGGCUGGUAGGAGUAUGGUGUGGUGGCCGAUUGGUGCUUCUCUCUUUGCGAGUAACAUUGGAAGUGGGCAUUUCGUGGGAAUAGCAGGAACUGGCGCGGCUGCUGGUAUUGCAAUUGGAGGGUUUGAAUGGAAUGCUCUUGUUGUGGUGAUCAUUCUGGGAUGGCUCUUUGUGCCCAUUUACAUAAAGGCCGGGGUUGUGACCAUGCCAGAGUACCUGAAGAAACGCUUUGGUGGGCAGCGCAUCCGUAUCUACCUGUCUGUGCUGUCGCUGUUUCUCUAUGUCUUCACCAAAAUCUCUGCGGACAUGUUUGCAGGAGCCAUUUUCAUCAACCAGGCUUUGGGACUUAACAUUUACCUGGCUGUGAUCAUUUUGCUGCUGAUUACAGCUCUAUAUACAAUAACAGGUGGACUAGCUGCAGUCAUCUACACAGACACUUUGCAGACCAUCAUCAUGAUUGUGGGAUCAUUUAUUCUCAUGGGCUUUGCGUUCAAUGAGGUUGGAGGCUAUGAGAACUUCAAGGAGCGUUACAUGACUGCGAUCCCAUCAGUGGUGGGUGCAAACAUCAGUGAAGCGUGCUACACUCCUCGUGCAGACUCCUUUCACAUUUUUAGAGACCCCAUCUCUGGUGAUCUGCCCUGGCCCGGACUCGUUUUUGGUCUGACUAUCCAGGCCGCUUGGUACUGGUGCACUGACCAGGUGAUUGUGCAGCGUUGUCUGUCUGCCAAGAACUUGUCUCAUGUGAAAGCUGGUUGCAUCCUGUGUGGUUAUCUCAAACUUCUGCCAAUGUUCCUCAUGGUUUUCCCAGGCAUGAUCAGCAGAGUGCUCUACCCAGAUGAGAUUGCGUGUGUGGAUCCAGAUGAGUGUAACUACUACUGUGGAACCAGUGUGGGCUGCACUAAUAUUGCAUAUCCCAAACUGGUGGUGGACCUGAUGCCAAACGGUCUCAGAGGAUUGAUGUUGUCCGUCAUGCUGGCCUCUCUGAUGAGCUCACUUACCUCCAUCUUUAACAGUGCCAGCACACUCUUCACCAUGGACAUCUACACCAAGAUCCGUCCCAAAGCUAAGGAAAAGGAGCUCAUGAUCGCUGGCAGGUUGUUUAUGCUGUUUCUUAUCGGUGUGAGUAUUGCAUGGAUUCCCAUCGUACAGUCAGCUCAGAGCGGGCAGCUCUUUGACUACAUACAGUCUAUUACCAGUUAUCUGGCUCCACCCAUUGCUGCUGUCUUCACCCUUGCCAUUUUCUGCAAGCGAGUCAAUGAACCAGGUGCUUUCUACGGGUUGUGUAUUGGUCUGUUGGUGGGUCUGGCUCGUAUGAUAACUGAGUUUGCGUAUGGCACCGGCAGCUGUGUGGCACCCAGUAACUGUCCUACGAUCAUCUGUGGUGUGCACUACCUUUAUUUUGCCCUCAUCCUCUUCAGCCUGUCCUGUAUACUGAUACUGGCCAUCUCCCUCAUGACCAAACCCAUUGAUGACAAACAUCUGCACAGACUUUGCUGGAGUUUAAGGAACAGCACUGAAGAGAGGAUAGAUCUAGAGGAAGAUGACUGGACUGAAGAUCAAGAUUCCAGCUCUAUGGAAAUAGAAGAGAAUCGUAAAGAAGCAAGUUUCUGUAGGAAGGCCUACAACUGGUUCUGUGGCUUUGAUCAGGGCAAUGCCCCUAAACUGACUAAAGAGCAGGAGGCAGAGAUGAAGAUGAAGCUCACUGACACGUCUGAGAAACCGCUGUGGAGAAAUGUGGUUAACGCUAAUGCUAUCAUCCUCCUCGCUGUCUGCGUCUUUUUCCAUGGUUUCUUCAGUUAAAAACUGUUCUAAAUGUUUGCUAAAUGUAUUUGAAAGUAUUUGUAACAGCUGAUAAUGUAAAAGAUAACAACUAUUAGACCUAUUCUGUGGAUUGAAGAGUUACCUUCUCAUUAUCAUAAAGCCAAAUAUGAUUAGCCUGAUUUUAAAAGGUUACAGAGUUCCUCUUCAAAAACUUAAUACUUCCUUAUAACAUCCUCAACAAACAAAUAUUUGCUUAUAGCUGCCCGUUUGAUUUAUUGGCUGAGAGUGCAAUAAAAUAUAUUGUUGUUGUACAUUUAUGUAGAUUAAUAUACAUUGUUUUUAGCACCUUUAGCACCUAGAAUUUCAUUGUAAAGCCAAGGAUAAAACUAAUAAUUCAUACAAAUGAUGUUUUUGGUGUUUUCUUGUACAGUAGUCAUGUCACAUACCUUUUAAGCUGCUAAAGUAGCUAAUUUUACACAUGCCUGCAAGUUUUUGUGUACAUUAAACAAUGUUUACCCAUCCAAAA